AACAUGACAAAUAAUGUCACUAAUAUUUUUGUUUAAAGUUUAAACUAAAAAGUAAAAACUCAGCUAGUGUGGUUAACUGUCGACAAAACUCAUGGUCAUUAUACUCAUUAGCAUUAAUUACUCUAUUUACCGCAACAAAUACAAUACCUCUUCGGAAACGACUCGACUCGGCUCUAAAGUUAAAACCUCAAAUUAUGUCAGACGUUUUCCCGCCACGCCGUCUUUUUUUUGUUUUCAUGACCGGCGGUAGAGAUGCGUUUUACGUUCCGAUCAGCUCCGAUCGAGACUCUCCAAUUCAUAAACUGCUUAUUUUCCUUGCGAACCCUCAGAACCCUUCCUUCUUCCUCAUCUAUAGCUAUAUCCUCUGUAUCGAAGUUAUCUGCUAGCUUGGAUCAUCUCUUUGGUGGCGCGAAACAACAUCAUGGGUUCAUGGUAAAAGAAGGGACUUACAAUUCUCUCUUCCUUCAAAACAAGCUCUUGCAAGCUUACACGAGAAGCAAACACUUCGAUGAUGCAGAUAAGCUCUUCGACGAAAUGCCUGUGAGAGAUAUUGUUACUUGGAACAUACUCAUUCACGGUGUCCUUCACCGAGACGGUGACACCAACCACAGAGCUCGUCUAGGUUUUUGUUAUUUGAGUCGGAUUCUUCUUAGUGAGGUGAGUUUGGAUCAUGUGUCGGUUAUAGGGUUGAUCCGGUUGUGUACUGAUUCCAACGAUGUGGGAGCUGGUAUCCAAUUACACUGUCUGAUAGUGAAACUAGGUCUCGAAUCAAGUUGCUUUCUGAGUACUACUCUCGUUGAUUUCUACGGGAAAUGUGGUCACGUUGUUGAAUCAAGACGUGUCUUUGAGGCGGUUUUGUGUAGAGAUUUAGUGCUGUGGAACGCUUUGGUUUCGUCUUAUGUUCUUAACGGUAUGAUUGAUGAAGCUUUUGGUUUACUCAAGCUGAUGGGUUCUGACGAAGACGGAUUCACGGGUGAUGAUUUCACUCUCUCGAGUCUUCUCAGUGCGUGUAGGAUCGAACAAGGGAAGCAGAUUCAUGCCACUGUCUUCAAACUGUCAUUUCAAUUCGACAUUCCAGUGGCGACUGCAUUGGUUAAUAUGUAUGCUAAGAGUAACUAUAUGAGUGAUGCUCGCAAGUGCUUUGAAUCGAUGGUUGUGAGAAAUGUAGUGUCUUGGAACGCGAUGAUUGUGGGUUUUGGACAAAAUGGAGAAGGGAGAGAAGUUAUGAGACUUUUUAGUCAAAUGUUCCGUGGUAAUGUUCAACCAGAUGAGCUUACCUUUGCAAGUGUUUUGAGUUCCUGCUCGAAAUUCUCCGCAAUUCAGGAGAUAAAGCAAGUGCAUGCCAUUGUUACUAAACGGGGCUCUGCAGAUUUUUUGUCGGUGGCUAAUGCUCUGAUAAGUUCUUACUCCAAGACGGGAAAUUUAUCUGAAGCACUUCUAUGUUUUCAUUCCAUCCGAGAACCUGAUCUUGUUUCAUGGACUUCAGUGAUCGGAGCUUUGGCUUCUCAUGGACUCCCAGAAGAAAGCUUGCGGAUGUUUGAAAAUAUGCUGCAGAAACUUCAUCCAGACAAGAUCACUUUUUUAGAGGUCCUGUCUGCUUGUAGCCAUGGAGGAUUAGUUCAAGAAGGGCUUCAUUGGUUCAAACAAAUGACUAACGUUUACAAGAUAGAACCAGAGGCAGAACACUACACUUGUCUGAUCGAUCUUCUUGGUCGAGCUGGUUUCAUCGACGAGGCUUUUGAUGUUUUAAAGUCAAUGCCCAUAGAACCAAGCACUGAUGCUUUGGCAGCUUUCACAGGAGCAUGUAACAUCCAUGAGAAAAUAAAAUCCAUGAAAUGGGGUGCAAAGAAGCUUCUUGAGAUUGAACCUAGCAGACCUGUGAACUACUCCAUCCUCUCAAACGCCUACGCCUCCGAAGGCCAUUGGAGUCAAGCGGCUCAUCUGCGGAAAACAGAGAGGAGAAACUGCAACAAUCCCAAAACUCCAGGUUGCAGUUGGCUAGGGGACAACUUAGUCUAGCAAUAACAACCAUGGACACAGCAAUAUUUAAUCAGCAUAAAAAGCCGUGGAAGUAAGGACUGUUCAAGAAUGCCAAAGCCUCUUAUUGUACCAAAGCAUUACAUCGUCUAGGCCUAAGAUAAAUGAUGCAACUGGACAGCUCCAGUGAACUUUAUCCUGUCACUAUGUGUGUAUAGACA